AUGAACUCCGAUCAAAAAGGAAGAUUUAGAAUUACAGAGUUGAUUAAUUUAAACCUUAUCCUAAUUUUAAAGGAGAAGAAAUAAAUAAUAAAUACUACUUCUUUCUAAAUAUUCACAUCAUCUAAAAAUGUUUAUGAAAUGAAGGUAGAAUAAUCAAAGAGCGAUGAUCAACUAUUUCAAGGGUAGGUUCAACUUAUUGAGAAAGCUAUUGAUCACCUUUUUUUGAAUGUUAAAGACCUAUCAAUCAAAUAGCAUAAUAUUAUUUCUAUUCAUAUACCGAUUGAUUAAGAAUAGAUGAUAACAAAUCGUAAAGUCGUGCUGAAGCUUAAUGAAAAUUCAAUAGAAAGACUAAUGAAAAUAUAAAAUACUUUUGAAAUAGAUUAGUGGUUAGAUGCUAUUUUGGGAAUUUAAUCUUAAUUUAGGGGGAGGUUGACAGCAAGAAAUUAAGGACAGACAAAUCAAAUUGAUAAUGAAACAAUAAGGCUUACAGAAACUUAGUAAAAAUUUGAGUAGCAACUAAGAUCCUAAAUAAGGGAAAUAGAAAAUACAGAGUAAUAACUUAAACAAUUUAAGGAGUUCUUUAAUCACUCCAAUUAAUCUUAAGAGUAGGAAAAAACAUCUCUUAUAAACUGCUUGGUUUAAUAGGAUUAGACAAUUAUGAAUAUUUUGUAAUCAUAAUGGAGAAAAUCAGAAACUAUAUUGAACUGCUUCAAAAUUAAAAGUUCGAUUGACAAAUUUACAAAUAAUAUUGAAACCUUAAUAAAGGAAAUCAAAAAUAUUGAUUCUUAGAUUCAAUAAGAAUAGGUAAAUUUUAAUAAAAAAACAAUUUAAUUAUAAUUGAAGGAUCAAAUUUUGGAAAGGCUUACUUAUAAAAUCGAAUGUCUGAAAAAAAUUAAUCCUCUUGUUUUAAAUAAAAUAGAAUUUUUAACGAAGAUGAACAAAGAGAUAGUGACAUGUGAAAGAUAUUUUGAAUAAAAUUAUAAUGAAACAAAUAAAGAAUAGCUCUAAAUCAUCUAAAAUUUGAAAACUUUAUGUCUCGAAGCAUGUGAAAAUACUAAUCAUUUUUUAGAAAUAUUAAAUUUCAAUAAUGAUUUAAAGCUGUAACAAGAACUAGAAAUAUUCAAAAAAAAAGAAAAGGAUAAUCAAAUGUACUAAACCAAAUUAGAAUAACAAAUUUAAUAAUUAUAAGAUGAGCUAGAAAAAUAAAAAAAAAGAGCAAUAGAUUUAGAAAAUCAAUUAAAUUGUCUUUACAAAUAAAUUGAAGAUCAAAAAAAACAAUUAUAGCAAAAUAAAUAAAAAAAUCAAGAUAAUUUAAGUUAAUAGUAAAAUGAAUCUGAUCAAACAAAAAAUAAACUAGCAGAAGAGGUUGCCUCGCUAAAAUAUAGCCUUUAAUCUCAAUAAGUUGAUAAUAAAAUAAACAAUAAUAAAUUAGAAUAAAAAAUUACAUUAUUAUAAAAUGAGCUUGAAAAAAAACAAAACCAAGAAAAAGAAAAUAAAAUAACCAAAACAAAUUUAGAAUAAUAAAUGUAAUUAGUAUCAAGUGAACUUGAAAAAUAUAAAAACAAUGCUAAAGAUUUAGAAAAUCAAUUAAAUCGUCUUAACCAAUAAAUUGGGUAAAUUGAAGCUCAAAACAAACAAUUAUUGCAUAUUAAUUAAGAUAAUUAAGAUAAAUUAAUCUUAACUUAAAAUGAUGUUGAUCAAUCUAAAUCAAAAUUAAAAGUAGCAGAAGAUGAAGUUGUAUCACUUAGAUACUAACUUUAUUCUCAAUAAGAAAAGAAAUUUGGAGAUUCGAAAUUAGGAAAAAUAUCUAAUAUCUAAUAUCAUUUUAACAAUUAGCGAUUAACUUUAUAUGAUCAGGUUAUAAAUUAGAAGCAAUUUUCAAUAUUUUCAAUUAAUAUAGUUAAAAAGUCUUUAUCAGAAAAAUCCUAUUUUGGAAUUUGUGAUAAAAAUAUCACAAAUGCUGAAUUUGUGUAAUUUUUGAAUGAUAAAGAAUCUCCAUAGAAACAAAUUUAUAUUAUUUUUUCACUAGAAGGUGAGAGGCUUAAUAACUUUUAAGAAGUUAUCAGUUAAGUAUCUCCAAUCACCAAGUUCCUUCCAGGUUAAAAUGCUGUUGUAAUAUUUGAUCCCUCUGUAUCUACCUUAACUAUUUAUAAGAGCCAAAAUGAAUUAGAGGUUUUUAGCUUUAGUUUACCAUCAAUAGAAAAAUAAUUUGUCCCUUGCUUCAUUCAUUCUGAUUUUGAUGAAACAAAGUAAAUCGCUCCAUAAUACAUGAAUUUUGAAAUAUGAUUAAUUAUCUUAAAAAUGUUAUUUUAUAAACUGAUGAAAUUAAAA